UUUGAAUUUUCUAGAGAGGACGACUUUCUCUCUCCUCUCUCUCUCUCUCUAAAAAGAAGGGAUUUUUCUAUUUGCUCGCUUCCAGCUUCCUUGAUCAGCAAGCCCCACAGAGGCUGAACUGGUCUUUGCCUUUACAACUUGAUUCUGGUCUCUGCAACUGCUACAAUGGCUUUCCCGUUCUCACCCCCCAUCACACAAGAGAGCUACCGAAUUCUUUUCUUCCUCAGGGGUGAAGAUUAAAGAAGCUGGAACAUUUGUUGGAGAGGUCACUAAAGAUGCAAAAGUGAAUGUUGCUGAUGUGGCAGAACGAGUUGGGUCAAUGUUCAAAAGUCGAUGGGCGAUUCUUCAGCAACCAGCUACAAGACAUGCUGUGCAGGAACGCCUUAUAACUGCUGCUGCAACAACUGGUACAUUGUUUAGGAAGGGCUUAUCAGAGACAAAGGAAAAGGUUUCUGUUGGGAAGAUAAAAGUUGAGGAGGUGGCAAAGAAGACUGCCCAAAAGAGCAAAAGCAUUUUGAGUGAUAUCGAAAGAUGGCAGAAGGGUGUUGCAAGCACCGACGUUUUUGGAGUUCCGAUUGAAGUUAUUGUUCAACGGCAACAAUCUAGUAGGCCCAUUCCUCAAAUUUUGGUCAGAUGUGCAGAUUAUCUCAUAUUAUCAGGACUAAAUACACCAUAUCUAUUUAAAGGCGAGGGAGAUAGAAAAGUCAUUCAACAACUGGUUUCACUGUACAACCAAGAUUCAAAUGCACCAUUACCAGAGGGUGUAAACCCAAUUGACGUAGCGGCUCUAGUCAAAUGUUACCUAGCUACCCUUCCUGAGCCACUAACCACAUUUGAGCUUUAUAAUGAGAUCAAAGGUGCUCGAUCCAGCAUACAUGCGAUAAGAAACAUGCUCAGGAGGCUUCCUACAGUCAACUACACAACCCUAGAAUUUGUCACUGCAUUACUGUUCCGUGUUAGCCAGAAGUCAGUUCUUAACAAGAUGAGCACCCAAAGUCUCGCGAUGGAGAUGGCCCCUGUUAUAAUUUGGCAGAAGGGUAAAACACCGGACCUAUAUAGGAAAUAUUGGAAUCAACUGUCAAAAGGUCCUUCCAGGAAGAACUUGGAUCCUGAGCCUACUUAUACUGCAUGGGACAUGCUUUCUGAUGAAGGUGAUGCUGUAGAUGAUUCCAUCCCCUUGGAUGAUGACGUGCCCAUGGACUUCGGCGCCAUUGAGGUUGUCCAGUGCCUCAUGGAACAUCACAACGCAAUUUUCACAGAUGCUAAUGAAACAAUCUGGAGAUGAUACAAAUUCCUUGGGCAGUCUAACUGACUAACGCUUUGAGACUGAAACCAGAUCUGGCUGAGACGAUGAUUACAAAGUAGAAGAAUUUAUGACCUUUGCCAGUCCUACGAAGGUUCAAAAUUUAUUUCGAGUUGGAGCAUGGUAGACCAUGAAUUGUUUGGUGCAGCUGUGAAAAAAGCUUGGAUUUAAUACUGAAUUGGAUGUUGUGAUUGGUUUUGGCAUUUUUUUCUUACUUUGGGUAGUUAGUAUUAGGAAAAUGUAUUUCAUCACCAUUGAUUAUGUAAAUUUCUUAAUAAGAUCAGUGAACACUGAGUUUAUGGACUCAGGUUGCAGUAUAUUGCACUAGCACAUUGUAUAAAGAAGCGAUUUUCGUCAUGUUCAACAAUUAAACAGAAUAUUUAUUAAACAAGUUCUAAUCUUCA